AUGUCUGCAAGCAGAAGAGUUCAGUAUCCACAACAGUCGAACUGGCAGAAGUUCAAGAUGGGCCUUGCGAUGGGCUCUGCAGUCGGUGUCGUGACAGGAUUCAUGUUUGGAGGCUACGCAAUUCUACGUUAUGGUGCACCAAAAGGUGUCAUAAACACUAUGGGCCAGUACAUAUUGGGCUCGGCAGCAGCUUUCGGCAUGUUUAUGUCAAUUGGUUCUGUUAUCAGGUCGGACUCGAUUAUGUCCGAUCCAUCUUUCGCCAUGGUUGCCGGAAAAAGGCCUGAAAGCAUGGCUGAACUGAGGGCCAUGAUGAUGGCUAGGCAUAUGGUUAAUAUGGAGAAUAUGAAGAUGAAGAAGAACUAA